CCGCGACAAUGUUUACUGUCACCAGCUGUCACCACCCCCCUUAACGGUCCAUGAGGUCUGGGUUUGUGCGAAGUUCAGUCAAUUUGUUAGUUUUAUCGUGUCUGUAUCCAGAUGAGUUAGGCUACUUUACGGUUGCUACAUAGGAUAAGGGUGUUCAAUGUUACAGACGUCCCAAUUGGGAAGAUAGCCUAACCUCGUGUCUCGUCUCGGCUCUUUGAACAUGAACAUACAACUAAACUAAAUGGAGGCGAAUUGUUUAUCUGAAAACAAAGAAUUUAAGGCCCAUGAAUAUGUUCUCGCUGACAUGUUGGAGUUGCUUCAAAUCGAUGUGGGCUUGGAAUCAACCCCAACCACCGGAAUGGAUAUGAAUUGUUCGAAAAACGUCUUGAGGAAGCAACGAAAUUGGGAAAAAAGACUGGCUGCCAAAAAGAUGAAAAGAAAGGCAGAAAAGCAAAGAAGAAAGAAGAAUCAGACAAUGGAGAAAGACACUUUGCAGUUAAGCAAGCGGGUCAUCAAGGCAAUCACCAGAGAACGUCUGGCAGAGGCCAAAUUAUCAGGGCCAAGGCUAUGCGUAGACCUUAGUAUGGCGGAUUGCAUGUCCCACAAGGAGCUAAGUCGGUUGGCAGGUCAAAUCCGUAGGCUGUACGGAAGCAACCGGAAGGCUCUCUGUCCGUUCCACCUGUACCUGACAGAGUUUCAGCCAGACAGCCUGCUAUACACUGAGUGCCUGCGGAUGAAUGAUGGCUUCCACGAGUAUGCGGUUGGUGUUGGUUCAUCAUUUAGGAUGGAGAUGACGGAGCAGAGUUGGCUUGAUUUGUUUCCAGUGGAGGAUGUGAUUUAUUUGACCCCAGAUGCUGAAAAAGCUCUGGAGACUGUGGAUGAUGAGACGGUCUACAUCCUUGGAGGUUUGGUGGAUGAGAGCAUACAGAAGAAGAUGACAUACUCCCGUGCUCUGGAAGCUGGGGUGCAUACAGCACGGCUACCCAUCGAGGAGCAUAUGGUACGCCGACCCAACGCCAAGAACUUUUACUCCAAGAUCUUGGCCAUUAAUCAAGUGUUUGAGAUCCUCUUGGUGUACCGUGAAACGGGGAGCUGGGAGAAGGCACUUCCUGUAGGGGUUCCUGCUGGGAAGGGCUACAUGCUGGCGACGGAGACCACUGCAGCUGCUGCUGAGGUCAAGCCCACCUGCGUGUCGUAGCCCCCUUGAUCAUGCCAGCCCUCCCAUUCUGCCAUCAGACCCUCAUAUUCCCAUCUGAUUGAUGCCCCACUGUCGACUUCAAGGCAGCGUUGCUACCGUCCACUUCAAGGCACCUACAUCCAAACCCUAGUGCCUCCCAGGCGACACUGCCUUGAAUUUGACAGUGGGGGCCCAAAAGACCAUACAACUUCCCAGCCUCUUGUGACAGGGAUGUAAAGGGGGAAUGUUGCCUGUGGUGUCACGGUGACCUACUGGAGACAAUGUCCUACAAGACAUCUGAAGGAUCUACAACUGUUAUAGAAGGCAAAGAUGGAGAUGAUGAAGAUGAUGUGUACACUCACCCACCCACAAGCUGAAUGUUUUAUCUGUUAAUUUUAUUAUUUUAUUGUUGUUAUUGUUUGUUUAUCAUGUUUUUUUUCUGCUUUACCUUUUCAUUUGGAUAUACUAUACUUAAAUAAAAGUUGAAAUAUGAA